UCUUGCUACUCGCAUUUUUUCCAGCUCUCUUCUCUGAAGGGAGGAUCCAUCCAAUUCUGCUGGGGUGGUGGAAGAAUGGGUUCAUUGGGAGUGAGUGAUGAAUACGAUUUGAAGGGAGCUUUUCCAGAGGAGGAGAAGAAGGUGAAGGGGGUGGAAAUGGAAUUUGAUCCAAGUUCUGCUCCACCGUUUAGAAUUGCAGAGAUUAGGGCAGCCAUUCCUCCGCAUUGCUGGGUGAAGAAUCCAUGGAGAUCGUUGAGUUAUGUGUUGAGGGACUUUCUGGUAGUGGCUUCCUUGAUGGCAUUGGUGCUUUACCUUGACUCUUGGGUCGCUUGGCCUCUCUAUUGGGCUGCACAGGGCACUAUGUUUUGGGCCAUCUUUGUCCUUGGCCAUGAUUGUGGACAUGGCAGUUUUUCUGAUAGUGCUCUGCUAAACAGCGUGGUUGGACACAUCCUGCACUCCUUCAUCCUUGUACCUUAUCAUGGAUGGAGGAUUAGCCACAGAACUCAUCACCAGAAUCAUGGAAAUGUUGAACGUGAUGAAUCUUGGGUUCCGUUAACGGAGAGUAUGUACAAGAAGCUGGAUGAUUCUACCAAGUUUUUUAGAUUCAAGAUCCCCUUUCCAUUGCUUGCCUAUCCCAUAUACUUGAUAUGGAGAUCUCCUGGGAAAAAGGGUUCCCAUUUCAGCCCUUACAGUGACUUGUUUCAGCCGGAGGAGAGAAUGUCCAUUACCAUUUCAACUCUUUGCUGGUCAUUGAUGGCUUCUUUUCUUCUUUACAUCUCAACAGUGGUUGGUCCACUUCCAGUGUUCAAGCUCUAUGGCAUCCCCCUAUUGAUAUUUGUGAUGUGGCUAGAUCUAGUCACCUACUUGCAUCAUCAUGGCUAUGACAAAAGGCUACCUUGGUAUCGUGGCAAGGAAUGGAGUUACUUGAGGGGAGGGUUGACCACCAUUGACCGAGAUUAUGGAAUCUUUAACAACAUCCAUCAUGACAUUGGCACUCAUGUCAUCCACCAUUUAUUCCCCCAGAUUCCACACUAUCACUUGAUUGAAGCUACCAAAGCGGCCAGUCCAGUGCUAGGGAAGUAUUACAGAGAGCCCAAGAAAUCUGGGCUUAUACCAUUCCAUCUCGUCCCCAUUUUGGUGAAGAGCAUGAGUGAAGAUCACUAUGUUAGUGAUGAAGGCGAGAUUGUUUUCUACCAGUCUGAUCCUCAUCUAAGUUCCAAAAAGAAGCAGCAGAAGGCAGCUUGAUAAAGAUUAAAUUAAAAAUUAGCUAUUUAUGUGUUGUAUUAGUGUUAAACUUAUUCCAUGGAUUACUACUACUAAUACUCUAGUGGAAUGAAAAAAGGUCUACACAAAUGGGCUAUUUUGUUAGUUCUAUGUAUGCCCAUUGUAAUGAAGUAUUAUUAUUGUUACUAAUGGGAAAUGAAUAAGGAGGGUUUCUGGAGAUGAG